AUGUGGAAGUUUUUGGGUAAAUGGCGUAAAAGUGAUAAGGGUGGGUCGUCUCCUGCUCCUCGUAACCUUCGUCGUACCGUUUCCCAGCGUAAAAUCAACAAUUCGUUUUUACGUAUCCGUGAGAUUGAUGAGGAUGAUGAGAAAUAUGUUCGCAAGCUUUUAUUUGAUCAUUUUCGAUCACAAACUUUCCCUGCUAUUAUGUAUUGGAUAGUUCAACAUGUGCAUGAUCUUAUUGCUAUAAUCGCUAUAAUAUCAUUUUUAUUACCUUUACGUAGUCUUGUCUACUUUUGUAUUUGUUUUUUGGUAUACUUAUAUGUGCGUGCUCGUUUUGAGAUAGAGCGUCACAUUCGUUAUAGUUGUCCUGAUCUUGAUGCUGUGUAUAUUACAUAUCGUAGUACUAAAGGUUCAAAUUUUUGGGUUGGUUAUUUUUCUGAGAGUGGCGAUAUUGGUAAUGUAUUUGAUUCGAAGCCACCAGCGUUAACUGUUGGUCCCAAUGAAGAACCGAGGGAUGAUGACCGUGAGUCUGCUACGAGUGCUCGUAGUGAGGGCGGUGUUGAUUCUUCUCAUUCUAACCCUGAUAGUGAAAGUAGUCCUUCUCGUGAAGGUGAUGGUUCUAUUGGUAUGAAAAAGUAUCCUACCCAGGUAGAGGCUGCUAUGAAGUUGAAGGACGUGUUGACUCCUACCAACUGUAAGGAGAAUGAGAUCCUUGGUUGUAUCGGUAUAGCUCCGUAUCGAAAUAAGUCUACUAUUGCUCAAAUGGUUCGUUUAGUGGUUAGCAAGAAGUGUCGUAAUAUGAAGGUUGGUAGUCAAUUGUUGAACCAUUUAGAGAAUUUUGCCAUUGGUUUUGGUUAUACUGAGAUUCGUGUGUACACUAACAAUUUGAACACUGCUUAUCUUCAAUUUUUGAAGAUGAACGGUUUUGUGAUUCGUCAGAUAGUUCGUCGUGGUCUUAUGCGUGGCGAUUUGAUAAUUUGGAACAAGGUGUUAUCGCAACCAGAGGAGGAUCUUCUGAUAACAGAAUCAGCAUCGCAAGGUAUUGUAAUGACGCGUUUACGUCGUAUUAUAGGAAUCUUCGCUGUAACAGUUUGGUUCAUUAGUGAUUACAGUUUUGUGUAUGGUAAGGAUUACUAUAGUUUAUUAGGUGUUCCUCGUACAGCUAGUGAGGCAGAGAUAUCGAAGGCAUAUCGCAGUAAGGCUCGUAAAUUACACCCUGAUGUUGCGCCUGGUCGAGAGGAUGAGUUCAAGGCGAUAAAUACAGCUUACGAGGUUUUGAAAGAUGCUGAUAAACGUCAGCAAUAUGAUUUAUAUGGUGAAUCCGGUGUGAAUGGUAGUAGUGGUCCAAGUCAGGGUUAUCAGACACAUGACUUUUUUCAUCAGGGUGGUUGGUCGCAUCAUGGUAAUGGUUCUGGUUUUACCAUAGACAUGAGUGAUGGUAUGUUUGAUGGGUUUUUUGAGCAAUUUGGGUUUGGUAACCGUCGUCAGCAUGGCGGUGGUCAUCAAUCAUAUCAUGGUCAUAAAGGUGGCGGAACGGUUCGUAUGUUUGAGGGUACUAUAGUUGAUGAUGUUGAUGUAAAUGGUUUUAAGGUUAGUCUUUUAAAUUUGCGGGCUAUGAACAUGUAUUUUUUUUAUAUGGAUACAUGUCCUCAUUGUCGUGAAGCAAAGCAUGCUUUUGUUGAGUUUGCUACAAAAUUUAAGGGUGCAAUUCGUACUUAUGCGGUUAACUGUAACCGUUACAAUAACCUCUGUAUCCAGCACAAUAUUGAGAAGGUUCCUCAGAUCAUUGUGUUCAGUAGCCCUCAAACUCCUGUGUACUACCAAAAGCGUAACUUUAGUGAUCAGUUGGAGUCUUUUGUUAGCAAGCAUUUACCAUCUCUGUAUGUGGAGCUCGUUGACUCAAAGGGUCUGUCAUCGUUUUUAAAUGAGGAUAGUGCUGUGUUGAAGGUUGUUGCGAUAAUCCGUAAAGGUGCUUAUCUUAUUAAGCUGAAGGCUCUUGCUAAGGACCUGCAUGGUAAAGUAUCAUUUGGUUUUGUUCGUGGUAGUAAUACUGCGAUUGUUGGUAAAUUUGGUCCAUCUGGUUUAACUCAAACUGGUGUUCUUAUAAUUGUUGAUGACCCUGCUAGUCUUCGAGGUACUACUAUAAACCUUGGUGCUAUGGAUUACAAUGACGUGAUACUGAAGUUGAACCUUGCUGUUUUUGAGUCAACUCGUGGUCACGGUGGUAAUGUUAGCGGUGGUGUUUAUACAAAAUUGACUGCCCGUCGCAUGUCCAAAGGUGAAUGUAGCGAUCGUGACAAUCAAUAUUGUUUUUUGUUUAUUCGGUUUGGUAAGGGUUCAGAAGAGUCUAUCCACGAAUCUCUUUAUAAGAUUGCUAAAAGGUAUAGCAAUGACCCUAUUAAGGUUAGGUACCUAGAUGCUAAAGAGCAGAUUUUGGAAGAAGUUUCUUCUAUUGAAGUCGUUGAGCGUUUUAUUAACGACGUAAUUUCUGGCGCUAUAACAUUGCGUCGUUCUUUUACACACUUGCCUAAGCUGGUAGCUGACCCAGAUUUUCUUCGUAAAUUUACCAAGCAGUACAGCGAUGUGGACCAUCCAUUGUUUAUGGAGGAGUUGCCUCAUGACCCAUCUGGUAACGAGGACCUUGAGGCAUUGCAUCAGCUUUUAGCAGAGGGUGAGACUCGUGAAUCUAUCGCUGAGAAGUAUAAGGAAGUCGGUAACGGUUAUGUGCAACAGGGGCCUUAUUUUUACGAGGCUGCCAUAUCCAGUUAUACUAAGGGCAUCGAUGCUGAGUGCAAUAACACUAAACUGAAUGCCCAACUGUACCUUAACCGGGCAUUGGUUCAUCUUAAACUGCGUAACUUUGUCAAGUGUAUCGACGAUUGUAAUCAGAGUAUUAAAAGGGAUGCUUCGAAUGUGAAGGCGUACUACCGUGCUGCUGUUGCAUCUUGUGAGCUUGAGCUUUACAGGAAGGCUCUAUCGUUUUGUCUGGCCUACUAUGACCAUGUGAAAAGUGAGGACCCCGGUACUGAUAGGGAUCUGUUGAGUGUGUUGGAGUGCGGCAGUGCUGACUUUGUUAAUGUGUACAAGCGUUGUGUUGACAAAUUGCGUGCUCGCGAUAAGAAAUUGUGCGAAAUUAAGAAGCAAGCUAAGAAGGCCAAGUUAGAGGAAUUAAACGUGCUAAAAGGUGUUCUCCAAUUGCUUAAAUCCAACGGUAUAAAAUUUCGAAAGGAUUUUUAUGAGAUCCCAAAGACGCAGAGAGUGGUAUUCUACCAUGAUAACGGUUGUCUCCAUACGUCAUGUCUUUUUAUUUAUGACGAGCGUGGCGUGACUGACUAUAUCGAGGACUUUGACUACAGUACUACUGUGGGUGACCAGUUGGAUGUGAUGUUUCCGGAUUCUAGUGACCCAAGUGCAUUUACACGUCACAACUCUAAAUGUAUCUAUGAGGUCGGUAACGGUGAAUUUUUUGAGUUUGGUACUCAGGUGACCCUGGCUACGGUGAUCUACCAAACAAAGGUUGCAUACCGUGUGGCCCCAAUUCACGUGGUCCACUUAGACUUUGACACUAGCAUUCUGAAUGUUUAA